AUGAAACUAGAACAUGAUAUGGAGGAAAUCAAGAAGCAGAAACAAAUCAUUACUAAUGCACUAAGUGCAAUUUACAGUUUAUUCACCAUUACAAUAAAUUCAACUGAUGUAUCUAGCUUUGACACAGAUAUGCUGGCACAAAGUGCCGAGCCCAAAUCAAUACAAGACGAUGAGGCUGUUGGAUUUGCAGCCCUGUAA